AUGGCCUCCAGCGACACGCUUAAUUCAACACUCUGGGAUCAACGCCACCAGUCAUCCUACUGGGCAUCUCAUGUAGUCCCUUUCCAGCAACAUCCUCCUUUCUAUCUUCAGUCUGGUCACAAUCCUCUGCCCUCGAAUCCACAUCCGCAACUUAGACCUGUGGCUAUACAGUCUCAGCCCCUACAGCAAGAAGAGCAGCGCCGACCACAGUCUCAGCCUCCACAGCAACAGCAGCAGCAAAAGCAACAACCCAUGGCGAGUUCUUCAGAUGCUGCAAGCGAUUCUAAAACUCACUUUUGGAGGAACCCUGGAAUGAAGGCCUUGGUCGACUGGUGCACAGAUUUUGACAACUACAAGAGGCUAAACACAGUGCGCCCUACUGUCGGCAAUAAACCAAUUGACGUACGCAAGGAAACAACAAUCUUUGUCAACAAAGCAGAAGGAAUCAUCUGGACAGACGUUACUGUCAAGUCCAAACUCCAGUAUGUGAAGAAACGAUUCAUGGAGGCAAAGACUCUGAAGAGAAAGACGGCUGGCGAAGGAACCAUAGGCAUGGUGACCCUUGACAGCCGGAUGAAAGACAUCUGCCCUGUGUGCGAGAGGUUGGUAGCUGUUUUGUCAGGGAGCCUUGUCAACAACGGGCCAUCUCCUGUGCAGGCGGGUUCCAAGCGAGGUCUGACCUUAGAUGAAGAAACUGAAGAGGACUCCGACAGCGCUGAAGAGCUCGCAAGUUCAACUGGCGAAGAUAAGACGCCUCCAUCGAAGCGUGGCAAACCCGACGAUCUCAGUGAAGGAGCACUGGCAAUGCGAGAGGAGGCUUUAAGAAAGAUGGAGGAAGCUGUUGCCGAAGACAGGGCCUUUUUGAAGAGCCAGUUGGAAUCUCUCGAUCGCCAGAGGGUAAAGGACAGGGAGGCUCUCGAUCACGACAGGGAGGCAAUCAAGGCUGAGAAGCAGGAAACCAAAGAAAUGAUCUAUUGA